AUGGGCCUGGCAGCUGCAGCGCCCAACAUCAGGAGGGCACCAGGGCCCCAGCCCUCGGCCACCAGCUCCACAACCAAAACGGAAAAAAACGGCCGAAGGGGACCGGGUGAGGGGGUGGAGUGUGAGCGCAGAAGCAGCCCCCCCCCGCAAGCCUUCCUGGUAACUGUAACCUUGAUCCAGGAGCAAGCAGAAGCUGCCCAGGGCCAGGGCGAACAUGCGGUCUCCCGUGCCACGCUCCGUUUCAAAGCCAGGCUCCAUCAUCACCCCUGGUGCCCCAGCCCCGAGGGCAAGCAAGUGGAGACCAAGACAGAUGCCAAGAGCGGAGAGCAAAGGGGCAGGGGUGCCGGCAGAAAGCCCCUGGGCCCCAGGCAGGACUCGGACCAGGGGAGGGAGCCACAGAGCGGUGGUUUAAAGAAAAGCUUCUCGAGAGACAAGGAAGAAGCUGAGGGCAAAGGUGCAGAGAGGCCCAAGGAGGAGAAAGUCAUCAGGGGCCUGGAGAAGGGCCGGGUCAGGGCCGCGGUGGACAAGAAGGAGGCCGGGAAGGGGGGGCGGGCAGACGAGGAGACUGCGGCCCCCAGGAUGGACGAGGACAGGCAGGGGGCUGAAAGGAGUGCGGGGAGCAGAGACAGGGGGCGGAAGGGGGCGGACAGGAAGGAGGCGAGCGAGAGAGAGGAGACUGCAAAGGUGAAGGGGCCCAGCCAGGGCGCGGGUGCCCGGAUGGAGGCCGAGAAGGUGGAGAGAGGGGGUGGCAGCGUGCUCGCCGGGAAGGGGGCCGAGAGAGCCAGGAAAAACGAGGCCCCCAACCCAAAGGCCCCCGGAGAAGAGGGCAAGACGCCUGCACCAGAGAGGCCGGCCCCCGGGGCCCCCACCAAGGCCGAGGAGGAGGCAGCCCCCAGCAUCUUCGACGAGCCCCUGGAGAGGGUGAAGAACAAUGACCCGGAGGUGACAGAGGUCAACGUGAACAACUCGGACUGCAUCACCACGGAGAUCCUGGUGCGCUUCGCGGAGGCGCUGGAGUUCAACACGGUGGUCAAGACCUUCGCCCUAGCCAACACGCGGGCGGACGACCACGUGGCCUUCGCCAUCGCCAUCAUGCUCAAGGCCAACAAGACCAUCACCAGCCUGAACCUGGACUCCAACCACAUCACCAGCAAGGGCAUCCUGGCCAUCUUCCGGGCCCUGCUCCAGAACAGCUCGCUGACCGAGCUGCGCUUCCACAACCAGCGCCACAUCUGCGGCGGCAAGACGGAGAUGGAGAUGGCCAGGCUGCUCAGGGACAAUGCCACCCUGCUCAAGCUGGGCUACCACUUCGAGCUGGCCGGGCCCCGCAUGGCCGUCACCACCCUGCUCAGCCGCAACAUGGACCGGCAGCGGCAGCAGCGGCAGCAGCAGCGGCGGGCACAGGAGGCCGGCGGGGAGAAGGCGCUGCUGGAGGUGCCUGAGGCCAGGGCCCCCGCCAAGGGCUCUCCCAGGCCCUCCCCGCAGCCGUCUCCCAAGGCCGCCCCAGACUGCCCGGGGAAAAGGGGGCCCCCGCCGCCCCCGCCCCCCCUGGCCCCACCCCUCAUCAUGGAGAACCUGAGGAACUCGCUGUCGCCGGCUACCCAGCGGAAGAUGGGCGACAGAGCCCUUCCCGCCCAGGAGAAGAACUCCCGGGACCAGCUGCUGGCUGCCAUCCGCUCCAGCAACCUCAAGCAGCUCAAGAAGGUGGAGGUGCCCAAGCUGCUGCAGUAGGACCGCCACAGGCUGCCAACGCCACGCCACCCAGACCCUGCCCACCCGCCCGGCUGACCUGCUCUGCACGCCCCUCUCUGCCAGGGGGCAGCUAGAGGCCUGGCCAGCUCCGGGAAGGACGCCUUCUCUCUCCUCACUUUCCUGUUCUUGUCUCUGAGGCUCUCCAAAAAUACCGUUUAUAGCCAGAGCUGAGCUUUCAGGACAAGAAGAGUCCCUUCAGACCGAGAAGAUGGCACACCUGGGGCCCAUGUGGCUGGCCAGCUGCCAAAGGCCUAUGAUCCAGGAAAGAUGUCCCACAGGGACCACAGGACCCGCCCGGCCCCACUGCCCACCCAGGGUCAGGAUUCAGGCCUCUGAGGAGCCCUUGGGGCAAAGCUGCUCGGCCAGUCCUCUCUGUGCCGGGCAAGGGCAGAAGGCUGGGGGUCCAAGGGCACAAGGCGGGAGGGGCUGAGGAUACCCCCAGACCCCUCCCAGCUAACGAGAGGACAUGACACAGGUAGUGGGCCUGGAUGGACGUGCCUGGUGGGGAGCGGGCUCCAGACGGGAGGAGGGGACAGACUGCAGCUGGACCUGAAGGUUUGAUGCCAAAGCAGACACUUCCUCACACCCACCUGCUGUUGUAUAAAUAGCUGUGUCUCUGUUUUUCCAUAAGAUUUUGAUAAUAUAUACAAGCCUUUAGCUGUGA